GGCGCAAAUGGAUCCUCGAGCCGCAGACCGGCUCAUCGACCUGACGCCUCCUGCGUCCAAGGCCGCAUCGCCCACCACCGGCUCUGCCCUUGUCCGCCACGACCAGCAAGGAAGCAAGGCUGUUUUGAUUCAGCUGGACGAUGAGCCUUCAACACCCAUCGGCCCUGGUCUGGUGGAUGUUUCCUCCGGUUCGACGUUGAUUGCUGCCUCUGGGGAAGGCCCGGCAGCUGAAGCAAACAUCUCCAACAACGUCGACCAGACCAAGUGCGAAGCGACUGAAGUUCAGGGAACCCAAAACAAGCGAGCUAAACAUCUCGAGAAAGUGCAUGAGAUUCAAGAUGCUUUGUGGCAGGGGCUCCAUCAGCUCCAGUAUAUCGUGUUUGAAGCAGAUGAACUUGUAGAGGCCAUCGAGAGCUCACACCAAGAUGGAUCGCACGACUCCCUCCUCCUUGUCAUUCGAGCCGUAAGCAAGUCGCUCGUUGGCGUUCGCCACAUCGUCAAGUCAAAUAUUGCGAUGAUGGAGGAAGCAAGCGGUCUCUCGACUUCUUCCAAGGCUGCUCCUAGCAAGCCAACAGUGCGGGUUGCCGCACCAGGCGUGCCAGGCCGAGCCACAAAGUUGCAACAAACAAAAGACUACGACGACGAGGUGGAUCUCUUGCUUGAUGAUGUCUCUCCUGCUGCGGCAAUCACUGGCAAUGCUGACGUUGAUUCUCCGGGCAACCAAGCUGCUCCGGCCUGGAACAUUGCUUCGCCUGGAGCAGCCGAUCCCUUUGUCGACUCCGCACCAGGAAGCGCUGUUCUGAGCCUGAGAUUUCAUCCUUCGAUUACAAGCAUUGCAAGAUACAUGUGUCCAAAGCUCUGGGUCGUCGGACUGCCCAGCCGCCGCGUCAUCCUCAAGAACCUCCCCUCUGACAUAACGCUGGCUCACAUCUCCAGAGGCAUUCGAUCCCAAGAUGGCCUCAUCAGCAUCCAGAUGCUCAACACUGCCUCCAUCUUCAAGAACCAGACUCAAACUGCCAUGCUGGAAUUCAUCAAGCCCAAAUCGGCUGCCGACUUCACCAUCGCCGCAGCUUCAUCUCCCCUCAUCUACGAGACCAAGUACGGUCGCCAGUAUCGUGCAGAGGCAUGGCUCAUCCCAACUCCCUCCUACCAUAUCAGCAAGAUCAACAUGGCAUUCAUUGGUGCCAAAUGCACUCGUGCCAUGAUGCUCAAGGGAUUUCCGAAGGAGUGCAUCUGGUACUUUAUCAGCGCCAUUGGCUUGACAAGCAUUGUCCGCGCUGACUACGAUCCAAUCAAUGACUCGUUGACUGUCGAGUUCACGACCCUCUUUGAAGCACACAAGGCAGAUCGAUCCAUCUGGUGUGGAGGAUUCUCCGACUUUUACCAAUACGACGAGGCAAGCGGCCAGUUUCGAAUCUUCCAAAAUGAUUCGACCGACGUAUACGAAUCCAAAUACAAUCCUCCUCGCCCUCGUGAAAAUCCGGUGAAGCAUCUGCCCGAUGACGACCUGGAUGCCAAAUACAACUGCCAUCCCUACAACGACUACGUCCCGCCCCAUCUCCGCACCGCUCCAACAGGUCCAACACGCCUCCCCCUCCGAACUCGCAUCGCUCUCCAGCGCGACAUCGACGAGACCCAAGUCGACGGCUACCUCGACGACCUCGAAAAGCACAAGGACACGGAAUACCGCAUCGUCGGCAGCUCCGUCACCCUCAAGCGCCGCAAGCACGGCUGGAGCAUCUCCGACGAGGACGAGACCAAGCUCCUCCUGGCAAACACCCUGCACGACCCGCAGUGGGCAGACUACUGGGACGAGCACUACAAGUGCAAGGGCGAGAUCAACCGGCGCAAGUACGAGCAGUACGGCAUGGUGGCCCAGCAUCGGCGGGAGGUCGCCGCGGAGCAGGGUCUCGGGGUGGAGGCGGUGCCCAAGUGCCCCAAGGGGUGUGAGAUGGGAUGUCGCGACAUGAAGAAGACGCCUGCGGCCCCCGUCGUCAGGGAGUUUCUCAAUACUUCAAAGGUUUCGGUCAUUGAUACGGGGUGUGGAAAAUGA